AUGAAACUACUACGUAACCUUUAUCAUGUUACUAUCAAUAAUAAGGAUAAUGUUAUUAUUACCAAAAGAAUAAGCAAAAACCUGUUAUCAUCAACUUUAACAACUUCAGCAACAACUUCGAUAACAACUUCCAAUGUGACCAAGCCUUUUCGCUUGGCAAUAAUUGGAAGUGGCCCAGCCGGUUUUUAUACAGCUUAUCGUUUACUAAAAGAAAAAUAUCAUCAUCAACCAUUGAUGAUGAUAGACAUGUAUGAAGCUCUCCCUAUGCCUUUUGGUCUGGUUAGAUAUGGUGUUGCUCCUGAUCACCAAGAUGUCAAGAAUGUUCAACACAGAUUUGACGAAGUUGCAAAUGAUUCAAGAUAUCAAUUCAUAGGAAAUGUAAAAUUCGGUCAUGAUCUCACGAUCGACGAUCUAAAACAAACCUAUGACGCAAUCGUUUUUUCGUACGGGGCCGGCAAGGAAAAAUCACUUGGAAUAAAAAAUGAUAAUGAUAAUGAUAAUGACAAUAGUAACCCGAUAAAAAAUGUAUUUUCGGCUAGAGCUUUUGUUGGUUGGUAUAAUGGCUUGCCACAAUAUCGUCAUCUGAAUCCUGAUUUGUCAAGAUCGGAUACUGUGUUGGUUAUUGGUCAUGGUAAUGUAGCGUUAGAUGUCGCGAGGAUCUUAUUGAUGGAUAUUGAUAAAUUGAGUAAGACUGAUAUUACAGAGUAUGCUUUGGAAGCUUUGAAAAAAAGCGAAAUUAAACAUGUGGUUCUUGUUGGUCCAAAAGAAUUACGCGAAAUGAUAAAUUUGCCCAAUACACGUUUUCACAUAGAUGUUGAAUUACUUAGAUCAGAAAUAAAAGAAAACGAGCAAUUAAUCGCUAAAGAUCGUACGCUCAAGAGAAUAUUACAAAUUUUAGAGAAAGGAGUAACGAUGGAUACAUCAGGUGAAAAAUCCUGGACGCUUAAAUACCUGAGAAGUCCGUUAGAAUUAAUAUUCACUAACAAUAAUGUCAAUACUGGUGCUGACGCAAGUAAUAGUAAUUAUGAUAAUAGGUAUAUUAAAGCUGUAAAGUUUAGCGUUAAUCGACUUGAGGGUCCAGCUGAGAAACGCGUGGCAAUUUCAACUAAAGGAUCAGAUGUUUUAGAGUGUGGUUUGUUGUUGAAAAGUGUCGGCUAUAAAAGUGUGCCAGUGCAUGGUUUACCUUUUGAUGAGAAAAAAGGAAUUGUUCCUAAUGACAAAGGAAAAAUAAUAGAGUUGGAAAGCAAUAAUGAGUUACCAGGUCUCUAUGUAUCAGGAUGGCUAAAACGAGGUCCACAAGGAGUUAUAGCAACAACAAUGUAUGAUGCAUUUGAAACAGCUGAAACAAUAAUAUCUGAUAUACAACAGAAUAAACCAAUAACAUUAUUAGAUAAUAGUGAUUCACGACAAAUAUUUUAUUUUCUAUUACUAAAUUUAAGUUAUAUGUUUGUUCAAAUGGUUUAUGGAUUUUGGACAAAUAGUUUGGGUUUGAUUUCGGAUGCUAUUCACAUGUUCUUUGAUUGUUUGGCUUUAGCGGUAGGAUUACUAGCGGCUAUAAUGAGCAAAUGGCCUGAAAAUAAUAAAUUUACAUACGGUUAUGGACGUAUAGAAACACUUUCAGGAUUUGCAAAUGGGAUCUUUCUUGUUUUCAUAUCCAUAUUUAUAAUGUUUGAGGCAAUAGGUAGAUUAAUAAAUCCACCAGAGAUGAAUACGGAUAGACUAUUAUUAGUUAGUUUCUUGGGAUUGGUUGUUAAUUUGGUUGGAAUUUAUCUUCAUAUAUUAGCUGACACACUUGGAUCAAUUGGAGUUAUUAUAUCCACCUUAUUAAUACAACGGUUUGGUUGGACAGGUUUUGAUCCAUUGGCAUCAAUGUUGAUAGCGGGUUUGAUUUUCAUGAGUGUCAUCCCGUUAAUAAAACAUUCUGCAUCAGUUCUAAUGCUGUCCAACAACGAGAAACUUGAAAAUCAAAUAAAUGAAGCGUUGGAGGAGGUGUUGAAUAUCGCUGGUAUCAUAUCUUAUACAAUGCCGAGAUUUUGGCCGAAUGAUGGCGAGUGUUUGAUUGGUAGUAUACAUAUUCAGAUUGCAGAGAAUAAAAGUAUUAAUAAAGAUAGUAAUAACAAAACAGAUGGAAAUGAUAUUGUUGAAGAAGAACGAAAUGUUAUCAUCAACACAAUUACCGAAAUAUUAAAGUCUCGUAUACGUGGAUUGGAAGAGUUAACUAUACAAGUUGAGAAAGUUGAUGAUGGUGGUGGGUUUGUGGGUUGUUUAUGCAAUGAUUCAAGGAAUUUUAAUUUUAUUGGCGGUGGUGGUGGCAGAUUGAAUGAUUUGAAGAUUGAAUGA